CAGACGAAAAACGCGAAAACAGUGCAUGGGAUUAAUUUUACUAAUGUUUUAAUUCAUAAAAUUAUCGAUUUCCAUUUGAUUGAUAUUGUCUUGUAAAUGUGAGAUUAGUCUGUAUUUUGUGUGUUAAUUUUGCCAUGAGUGUGUGAAGUUCGCGUCUAAAAUGUCGGGCUCGAGUAGCAGCAAGAAUCAUUCUAAAAAGUCGAGCAGUAGUCGCGAUAGAAACAAGUCUAUCGCUUCUGAAUCUGGCGGUUCCAGCCAGUGCGAUACACCACCACUGAUUGAGAAGGAUGGAAGUACGUCACAAGGCAGAUUUGCUGGAGUGGGGCCGGACUCCAUUGUGUGCAUGGCGGAGCAGGUGGCCUGUGAACUCAAUCCAGAAGCCGCCGCAAAUCUUGCCGAAGAUGUCAGCUACAAACUGCGACAGACGAUUAGCACAAUAGCACUGCACAGUGAGAUGUUCAAGAAGACCCGGGUAGACAGCUGGGACGUGAACACGGUGAUGAGCCUCACGGACACCAGCCCAGUGGUCGGUACAUCUGUCACCCAGUACGUGCCCCUCGGUGAUGAGAAGUUGUGCUGCCCAGUUGAUACACUUAUAAACGUAACCGAAGCGGCGCUAACGCCGCAAAGCUACGUGUUCUCGACCCUGCCCACCGUGUCCGUCGAGUGGAUCACCGACGAGAAAAGUCUGAAUAACAAUAGCAAUAUAAGCGUUAGUUUACAAAAUUAUUACACUAAAGUAGCCAGAGCAAUAUUGAAUCUGAAGAAGAAACCGAAAGAAAUAGCGGUGGAAGAUCUCACAAAGAACACACGGAUCGGGCCGAUAUUCCCAAACCUAUUCAACUUGGCGGUGCUGGUUCUCAACGACGAUAACCUGAAUGCCCUGAACGUGCCAGCGAAGAAACCGCUGCAGUCAAACGUUCUGGACAUGGUGGAUGCUCUCUGUUCUAAUCCGUGCAGCUUAGACACCAAUAUACAGCAACAGUUCCAACGGUUAUUUCCAGUGAUGGUGUCAAAUAUUUUAGGAAAUGGAUCAUUAUCAGAUAAAAUGGUUGCAAUACUCACGAAAAUCACACGUACCUGGCCUUCUUUUAUAGCAAUAGGUAAAAGCAUACUCUUUGACUACCUAGCGCAAGGCACUAAAGAGCGACUGACCGCACCCAUGAUAAAGUGCGUCAUUGCUCUAGGAAGAAGGGCGCUUAUAGAGUGCCUGGAUGACCAUCUGCAACACUUAGAUGAGUGGAUGCACACUCCCAGGAGGAAUCAUCUGCUGCCUGACCUUAGGGAGACUAUACUCGACGCAUCGACCUGCCUGCUCAGAUCUGAGCCCACCACGUACCUAGAAGACUACGUGUCCACCGACUACGCGCUUUAUGAAAUGCUCGGCGACUCCAUCUUACCGCGGCGGACUCUAUUCCCUUUACAAAAACCAGACGCAGACGAAGAUGACGAAAUAGAAAAGACAUCUGUGGAAGACAUGCCAUACAUUCCGGUGCGGCCCGUCAUCCCCCGACCUAAAGUGCGGUUCAUCCCCACUCUACCCCGCCUCAGGAACUGUCUCCACAGAGACCUAAUAUUCGAACCCACACGCUUCGACCCAUCACAAUGCAUCAGGAUCAAAAUCAAAAACUGCAGGUCCCUGGAAGUCGCAAGCAGGAUACAAAAUAUACACACAAACUCCUACAUCACCCCCCGAAGCAAUGUAGCGGUGGCGGCCAGCGGUCUCCUAAACAGAUUUAGGUUCAGAUUAAAGGAUCCCAACGACGCCUUUCCUUUAUUAGGAGCUUUAAUUAUUUAGUGUAUUUUAAGCGAAAUAUAAAUUAUUUUUUCCAAU